AGAAACAUCAGUGGUUUCCAGCAUCAAACAUCAGUUGUGACCAGCAGACUCCAAACAAGUGCACUGCACUUUCUCCACCACUCUCCUGCCUCUCUCUCUCUCACACACACUCACACUCCUGUGUCUGUGAGUCUCCUGCUCUUGUGACUGUAACUCCGGUCUGUCACCUGCUCUCCUGUCACAGCAUGCAGCUCCUGGUGGUGUUAGCAGCUCUCAUGGGGGUUCUGUGCAGCGUGAGGGCAGCAUCCGUGCUUCCUGUGGACGAUAGGAGCCCCAUCCACGUGAACAGGGAGCUGAGCAAAGAGCGCAAAGAGCUGAUCCUGAAGCUGGUGUCGGGCUUGUUGGACGGCGCUCUUGACACCAACAUGCUGCCGGAUGAGGUGAACCACAUGGAUCUGGAGGAGCCGCUGGAGUCUCGUCUGGAGGAGAGGGCUGUCUACAACCGGUUAUCACUGCCUCAGCGUGACCGCAAAGCCCCCUGUAAAAACUUCUUCUGGAAAACGUUCACCUCCUGCUAACAGAGCACGAUGCAAAUAAAAGCAACGGGACCUGCGUGUCGACUGUACGCCUCCUCUCCCUCAUGAACUGUAGUAGACCUCAGCUGUACAUACCUUAUCUACAACUGUCAAACUCAGCAUCCAUGGACUUCACUGAGACAGUGUGGCUGUUUAAAUAUUCAUUAUAUAUGUAUCUAUUUAUCUAUACAAUGUAUGUAUUUAUGUAUGUCUUUAAGGGUCAAUAAUAAAGCAUGGAUAUAAUGUUUGA